AUGACCGACCAGGGCACAAAGGCGGCCCCUGUCCGGCUUUGGGGCGGCAGAUUCACUGGCGAAAUCGACCCUCUGAUGAACCAGUACAACGAGAGUCUGUCUGUAGAUCGUGUCUUUUAUGCCCAGGAUAUCAGAGGCUCGAUAGCCUACGCCAGGGCCAAUGUCAAGACGGGCAUCCUCACGCAAGAAGAGUUUGGAAAAAUCGAACAAGGGCUCAAGGCAGUCCUCAAGGAGUGGGAGCAGGGCACUUUCGAGCCGAAGGACGGCGAUGAAGACAUUCAUACCGCCAACGAGCGCCGGCUGGGCGAAAUCAUCGGAACAAACAUUGCCGGCAAGCUACACACAGGCCGCAGCCGCAACGACCAAGUCGCGACCGACAUGCGCAUGUGGCUGCGUGACGAGCUGAACCUGAUCGAGCAGUACCUGGUGGAUCUCCUCAAGGUGAUUGCCCACCGCGCCAAGCAGGACAUCGACUACAUCAUGCCGAGUUACACGCAUCUCCAGCGCGCCCAGCCGAUCCGAUGGAGCCACUGGCUUCUCAGCCACGCGACGGCGUUCCAAUCGGACCUGGAGCGACUCCGGUUCACCAAGAAGAACAUCAACAAAUUGCCGCUCGGCUGCGGCGCGGUGUCCGGCAACGCGUUUGGGAUCGACCGGACGCAGCUGGCGCAGGAGUUGGGGUUUGAGGGCCUGAUCAUGAACAGCAUGUCGGCGGUGGGCGACCGGGACUUUGUGGUCGAGGUGCUCCAGUGCGCCGCCACGGUGGGCAGCCACCUGUCGCGCUGGUCCGAAGACCUGAUCCUGUACAGCUCGCUCGAGUUCGGGUACGUCAAGCUGGCCGACGCGUACACGACGGGCAGCUCGUUGAUGCCGCAGAAGAAGAACAGCGACUCGCUGGAGCUGCUGCGCGGCAAGUCCGGGAGGAUCUUCGGCGCCAUGACCGGCCUGAUGAUGAGCAUCAAGGGCCUCCCCUCGACCUACAACAAGGACCUGCAGGAGAGCCUGCAGCCCAUGCUGGACACGGUCAAGACCCUCAAGGACAGUCUCCAGAUUGCGGCGCGCUCGCUGGCCACGGCGACCGUGUAUCCGGACAAGAUGCGCGCGGCCCUGAGCCCGGACAUGUUGGCCACGGAUCUUGCCGAGUAUUUGGUUCGAAAAGGCGUCCCCUUCCGCGAAACGCACCACCUGGCCGGCAAAAUGGUCGCUCUGGCCGAGGACUCGAACAAGGGCCUGGACCAACUCAGCGUGGCGCAGUUCCAGGGUGUCGACAAGCGCUUCGGCGACGACGUGCUGAGUGUCUUCGACUACGAGCGCUCCGUCGAGCUCAAGGACGCCACGGGCGGGACGAGUCGGCGCGCCGUGCGGGAGCAGUUGGAAAAGCUGCAGGAGACGUUGCGCGGGGAGUGA